AUGGCGACAGGGACGCUACUGCCUGUUAGCAGACCCAUGAGAGGAUUUCCUUGUUUAUUAUUUUUGUUAUACUUAAAUCUGCUCUAUUGCCAGCAGUUUAUUAUCCCAUUUAAAGCUCCUUCAGACUGUGGCGUAGAUGAAUUCUUCGAUAUAUCCAGUUUGUCGUGCUCCAGGUGUGGUUCAAAUCAGCGCCAAAGCUCUACAGGAUUGAGCUGCGUUUGCCAGACUGGCUACAAAACCACAAAUGUCUCCCCUAAUAGUGUGUCCAUCACUUGUGAGCUGUGUCCUUCAGACAGGCCUGCAGUAACAAAAGACGGGUUUGGGUGUGUUCGCUGUCCAGGCAGCGUCAACGAUGAGGGAAAAUGUCAGUGUCCUCCAGGCCUUAUCCUGGUGGAAAGGGAUAUCAACGGCAAUCCUUUGAAUGAGCCAAGAUGUGAAGUAUGCAACAACAACAGCCCUGCUUUGUCCAUAGCAAACAACAAAGGAGACAGGUGUGAGAGAUGCACACCUACCUUCAUCAAUACAUCCUGUGUGUGCCCUGCUCCUAAUGUCCCAGCCGGAGGAUUGUGUUUCCCUACAGGAAUCCUUUCCACUAACGUGAAUCCCAGUGUCAACUAUGCUCAGCUGAAAUUCAGCGUCCAGUCUGCCUGGUUUGUGGAAAAUCUCUACUCCUCCUCAGCAGCUUGCCUUGCCUACUCUAACCUGACAGCAUGCCAGGCCCUGGGGAACAUGUGUGUGAUGAACAUGCACUCCUUCGGUGGACUCUCCACAGAUGCUUGUGGUCUUUUUAACACCGUGUACAAAUCAAAAGCUGCUCUGAGCUCAGUUCAAGACAUUUCUUAUUGGAGAGUGAAUCUCCCGUGGCUUUUCUACGGAGACGAACCGGGGCUGGCGAGUCGUGUUCUUCAAACAGAGCCUGUUCCUACUGUCUUCAGUUUCAGAGGAAGAAACAAGAACACAGAGAUUCAGCUGCUUGCUGCUGUCUACAAUGUCAGGGGAGAGUUCUUGAGAUGGGAGCAAGCUGGAGGACGUAACUUGAUGCUUUGUCCAGAACCGACCCCAAAGAAGGCGUCCGCUUUCAGCUUUGGAACUGCUUACGAAGAAAGUUGCGACCUCUCAGUGGUGGACCUCCUCGUUUCCCAUCCGGAACCGUUGUUCUACGAUGUUUACAUGGACCUCGGAGGAGGAGAGAACAGGAAACUUCUUCCUCUGCCAACGCUGGUUCAGAACCAACAAUACAAUGGGCGGUUCAUCAACCAGGAUGAUAUGAGGAACUGGUAUUUGUCUCGCCGAAUGUUUCUCGUGGACACAUUGGGUGGCAGAGAGAAGAGCGUAACAUCCUCACCUAAAGUCAUUCGGGUCGCCACCAGUGUCCGAAUAAGGUUUCAACUCGUUCCUCGAACCCAGGAAGGGCAAAUAUUUCCCCCUCUGAUGACUGUGACUUACACAGAUCUCCUCAUCACCGACAUCAACACUCAAACUGUGUCUGUACGUUUUGCUAUGGAUUAUGAGAUGGAUCAGACAGAGGCUCGUGCAAAGACAGAUACCGCUAUCGGUAUUUUGGGUGGUGUGGCCGUGCUCUACUCUCUCCUGAAGACCGUGAGCUGGAAGAGAAGGAUUGCUUCGCCCGUCAUUGAUCUGGAGACGAUGCUGAAGUUUCUGUUGUUCUAUUCCGGGGAUUUAGCCAAUGUUUUCUUUGUGGUCACGGUGGGAACUGGCCUUUACUGGCUAAUCUUUUAUAAGGCCCAACAGUUUGUAUCGGUUCUGCUUCCACUGCCUUCUCAAGAGGAGCAGUUUGUGACAUACAUAGGGUGUGCCUUUGCUCUCAAGGCUGUCCAGUUUCUGCACAAGCUUUACCUGCAGGUGACAGUGGAUAUAUUUCUCAUAGACUGGGAGAGACCCAAGAGCAAAGGGAACAGGACAGUUCAAGCUCACGGGGAAACUAAACGCGACCCCUCCCCAGUCAGCAUCUGGAGGACUUACUUUGUGGCGAACGAGUGGAACGAGCUUCAGACCAUUCGAAAGAUCAGCCCAACUUUUCAGAUCAUGGCUGUGCUCUUCUUUCUCGAAGUCCUGGAUUUCUCCAACCUAGCUCUAAGAGACCCCAUGGCAACUUUACAGCGCUCCCCAGAGGCGUACACCCCUCCUUACAGCCUGAUUUUGCGCUAUGGCCUUGCAGCCACGCUUUGGCUCUGCAUUGGCCUUCUGCAGGUGAUAUUCUUCACUGUCUUUUAUGAACACUUUGUGGAGGACAAAAUGCGUCAGUUUGUGGAUCUCUGCUCUGUCAGUAAUAUCUCUGUGCUGCUGUUCAUCAAUCGCUGUUUUGGUUACUACAUCCACGGACGCUCAGUGCAUGGACACGCAGACACAAACAUGGAGGAAAUGAGUAACAACCUAAAGAGAGAAAGUGAGUCGCUGUGCGGCCAGCGAGGUUUGGUUCCCAACUCGGACAUUCAGACCUUUCAGGUGUCCAUCACCAACCGUCUGAGAUUGCAGUAUGACAGGAUACAAGAUUCUAUCAGCAGGAGGAACAGGCCAUCAAGGCUGAUGGAUGCAUCCACGGCCAACUUAUCAGAUCUACAGUUCAGAGCAUACAACACCAUGAACCAUUUCCUGGGAUCCAUCAUAGACCAUGGCCAUCCUGACAUGGACUACAUGGUGAAGGAAAAGCUGACUUUGGAGCGCGUCAUCGGAAUGGAGUUUAUGGAACCCUCCGAUAAAAGCUACUUUUAUAAUGAUCAGGCUCACUCCUUUAGUAAUGUCCUGUUUUAUGGAAAUGAGGCCACGCUGCUGAUCUUUGACACUUUGUUCUUCUGUGUUGUUGACCUGGGAUCCCAGAACUUUGUGCUGGCAGCGGUGCUCACAUACGUACAGCAAAUGAUAUUCCGCUUCAUCCGUAACACUCUUGGGAGGCGGAACCUUGCCAACAAAACACUGGUGGAUCAAAGAUUUCUGAUAUGAGCUCCUGGGUCUUUUAUUCGUUAAGAAGAUGUUUAUUGUUCACUUGUGCUUCUUUUCUUAAAGUUAUGUAUUUGGAAAUAUUUACAUGCUUUUAUACUGAAUA